UGUUCGUUGUCCAGUCUUUCCAUUCCACAAUGAUCAGCAUUUGAUUAAAAUGCAUUUCACUGAUGAUCUGACUAUUUUUUAACUACACAAACCAUCUCACUAAGCAGUUUUAAAUUAAACACAACUUUGGUUCUCCUGGAUCCACUAUUUAGACAUGCUGUAUUUGGACCUUGGUAUACUCCACAAAUACAUGUUGGCAAAAUGACCCGUUUCUGGCUUCCCAAACCAUCAGAGACAUCAACCAAUGGGGAAAAAGAAGCCAAAUUCCACCAUCAUCUUUCACAAUCAUGAAAUUAAGAUGACCUCUUUGACUUGCAGAAAAGAAAUAUGUGCCUUUUUUUCUUUUUCCUUUUUUCUUGAUUUGUCAAAUUAAGUCAACAUUUACUCAGAAGGAAUGGAGAAUUGUGCACCUUUAUGUUUAAUCCAGGAAAGCAAAUCUUUCCUGCAGAUAUUUCCUCUUGGCUCAAUCUGGUCAUGGUUUCUCCCUUCUUGGCUCCACCCAGGUCAGAUCAGGCUAAUUUUUGCCCUGGUCCUAUAAAGGACUGGCUUGCUCCCCAGUCCUUCCAGCUCUGCAGAGAUGGCAGGCUUAGACCCAAGAAUUACUCUCUUAGGAUCCAUCAUCACACUCUGCUUAGUCGGGGCAACGGAUUGCUCAUUAAAUAAAGAGGACUCCGAGGUGCUGUCAGACUCAUCUCUUCUGAGCAGCAUUAGUGAAGCCAGGCAGCUGGUAGACGCAGCGUAUUUACAUGCCCGGAAGAGCUUAAAGAGAAAACUAGAGGAAAAAGUUGCCAACCCAAUGGAUUUCCUGAAGCAUUUAAAGGACCCAGUAGGAAGAACCAGAUCUGCAGUCCGUGCUGCUGAUUACUUGGAAACCACUUUGAAACUCCUCAAAAUAAAGCUGCAUCUCUCUGGGAAACUGGGAUUCAACAUUACAGACCUACUAGACAGAAAACAUAAGGAAGUGAUUUCCAAAGAAACUGGCUGUGACUAUCAGAUUCGUUCCAUUAAAUGCCCCAAAAAUGAUGUUUACCGGACCAUCACUGGGGAGUGCAACAACAGAAAGCAUUCUCAUCUGGGGUCCUCGAACCGCGCGUUUGCUCGCUGGCUCCCAGCAGUGUAUGAGGAUGGAGUGUCUGUUCCCAGAGGAGCAAGUGAAGGAAAGCUCUAUAACGGAUUUCCACUCCCACUGGUUCGAAAAGUGUCAAAUGUUAUUGCUCACACAGCCAACGAGAACAUCACUCAGGAUCAAGAGCUCUCUCUUGUCUUCAUGCACUGGGGCCAGUGGGUGAACCAUGACAUAGACUUAGCCCCUUCCAGUGGUGCAGGAGUGAGCCCAGAGCUUCACUGUGAGACUGACUGUACCUUCAAGUCUCCUUGCUUCCCGAUUAAGUUUCCCCCCGAUGACCCCCGAAUGCCAAGCUCACACUCCUGCAUGCCGUUCGUUCAGUCAGCAUCCGUGUGCAACCCCAGGACGUUUACUCGUGAGCAGAUCAACGCUGUCAGUUCGUUCAUCGAUGCCAGCACAGUGUAUGGCAGCGAGGACUCUGUGGCAAAGAGCAUCAGAAAUCAGACAAACCAGCUUGGUUUGUUGGCUGUGAACCAGAAUUUUACUGAUGCAGGGCUGGAAUUUCUGCCCUUUGAGAAUAAAACACAAAGUGUUUGUGUUCUCACCAAUGAGAGUAUGAACAUCCCCUGUUUUAAAGCAGGUGACAAACGGGUAACUGAAAACCUGGGACUUUCUGCACUGCACACUGUCUUCCUACGAGAACACAAUCGCCUGGUUACAGAGCUGAGGAAAUUAAAUCCUCACUGGGAUGGAGAAAAGCUUUACCAAGAGAGUCGAAAAAUUGUAAUCGCCAUAAACCAGAUAAUAACAUACAGAGAUUACCUCCGACUUCUGCUUGGGGAGGAGACCAGCAAGUGGAUCCCUUCGUACAGUGGCUACAAUGAGAAUGUGGAUCCUACAGUCUCAAAUGUUUUUUCUCUGGCUUUCCGAUUCGGUCAUACAUCAGUACAGCCUUUUGUAUCCCGUUUGGAUGACAGUUUUCAGCCUCUGGGUUCAUCCUCCCGUGUUCCUCUUCAUUUGACCUUUUGUGCUACAUGGAGAGUUAUAAUGGAAGGUGGCAUCGACCCACUGGUAAGAGGCAUGGUAGCUGAUCAUGCAAAACUGAUGAACCAGAAUCAACUGCUCAUUGAGGAGCUCCAGAACCACCUUUUUGAGCAGACAGAGAUAAUGGGUCUGGAUCUCGCAGCCCUGAACAUGCAACGGGGAAGAGACCAUGGCCUUCCAGGUUACAAUGCCUGGAGGCGCUUCUGUGGGCUCUCCCAGCCUCAAAACAUAGAUGAAUUCUCUGAGGUGCUGGGCAAUUCCAAACUGGCCAAAAAGUUCCUGGACUUGUAUGGGACACCGGACAAUAUUGACCUCUGGAUUGGGGCAAUCGUAGAGCCCCUUGUUCCGCAAGGCAGAGUUGGACCUCUCCUGGCCUGCAUCCUUGGUACCCAGUUCAGGAACCUGCGUGAUGGGGACCGAUUCUGGUGGGAGAACCCAGGAGUUUUCACUCUGCAGCAGUUGCAUGCACUGAGAAAUAUCUCGCUGUCAACAGUGAUCUGUGACAACACUCAUAUCAAAAAGAUACCCAGGGAUGUGUUCAAGAUCAACAGUUAUCCUGAGAACUUCACUGACUGCCACAAGACUGACAAACUCGACCUCUCACCCUGGAAAGAUGAUGAUGAGCCUGAGAGUAGCACAAAAGUUUCUAACCCUGCUCAUCAGUCCAGCAGCGGAAACUCCUGAUGGUGCCAUGGAGCUGCUCUUGGGAAACUGCUGCCUGUACGUCAUGCUCAGCUGACUGCUCUCAACUGAACCUUGGCACAUGAUUUCCCAGAGAGGAGCUCAAGACUAUGUCUACUGUUCUAUUUGCUGUACUGUGAUUUUAUUCUCAUUUAUUUGUAACACCUUCCAGCAAUGUAAGUCUUCACAUGGAA